CAGGGGCAGAGAUCUACGAAUGUCGCCACGUCAACACUACCACUCAUGCUCCUGUCAGUCUACUAAAAUAAAACCAUUUGCGACAUUGAACACAUGGCAGGUCAGCAUCUCCUCAUAUGGUUCUCCCUUGCGGAGCACCUGGUGGAGGACUUGCGUUCGUGUGGCCUCUUUGAGACUGUUCAACACUUUCAGCCCAAGUUUGUGGAAGGCUCUACGCAUCCCGACCAGUUGUGGGGGUUUGAACCGCCAGAGAUUCCAGACGAGUGCUGGCAAAAGGUGACGGUGCUGUUGACGAACGCCUGGCUGCCAAGAUCACCAGAGCAAGCACCCAACUUGCGACUCAUCCAGACCAUGUCGGCAGGCGUUGAGCACUAUCUCACUCGAGAGGAUUUCUUUACAAACAAGGUCCGAUGUCAGGUUCAGCUCGCUUCUGCUGCUGGCGUACACAGUAGCGCGAUUGGAGAGCAAGUUUUGAUGCACACUCUUGCUCAUUUUUACGAGAUGCGUGCAUUGAAUGAGAUUCAAGCAAGUCGCUCCUGGAACCGAAGUUUGUACGUCCCACCAGGGCAGAUUGGUGUGUCUCCAGAACUUCGUGGACAGACGAUCGGCGUGAUUGGCUAUGGCUGCAUUGGUCGUGAAGUGGCGCGCCUCGCGACGGCGUUUGGUAUGAAGGUUCUUGCUGCUUCAUCGACGGGUAGGAGAGCUGCUGCUCGUGGAUACACGAUUGCUGGCACAGGGGAUGACGAUGGAUCGUUACCAGAAGCCUGGUAUCCCUCAGGAGAUGCAGAAGCCAUGAAGGAUUUCUGGGCAAAGUCAGAUGUCGUUGUUCUAUGCUGUCCAGUUACCGAGACAACCAAGCAUCUCAUCAAUGCGUCAACGUUGAAGCAGAUGAAACAGUCGAGCUUCCUUGUCAACGUCUCUCGCGGCGCUGUCAUUGACCAGGACGCACUAAUUGAGGCAUUGGAGAAUAAGCAGAUUGCAGGCGCUUUUGUUGACGUGACGGACCCUGAACCUUUACCGAAAGACCAUCCGCUGUGGACAACUAAGAACUGUACAGUCACGCCGCAUGUUACUGGAGCAACAAACAUGUAUGAGACGCGGUGUGCCGAGUUGCUCAAAAUCAAUAUGGCCAGACUGAUUGCUGGAGAAUGUCCAAAGAACGCAUAUGACCUCAAGGCAGCCAUCACAUGCUGCAUUGAUGGCUGAGAGAUGAUGAGGAUCAGUCUUCAUAAGAGUAAUAGGCACGGCUUCCAUAGACUCGUUUACAGUAAUCCUUCGACUGUGCAGCUGCUGCCUACCUCCCCG